GAAGAAGCGUGAGCUGAAGAUAGUUUGCCAACAGCCGGCGAAGGAAGACACGCAUGAAGGGUCCAUUUGGAGCAAUACUACCUGUAAACUAAUGUUUUGAAAAAGGUUUUCUGAGCUCCCCUCCUUUACCAGUGUGAAGGAUGCAAGCUAUAGGACUGAAGAUGUGGGUAUGGAGUCCUCUACUCUGUCUGGUUCUUAUCUCUCUCUUACCUGUGCAAGCUCAGAGUCAAGUUGCCACCCCACGAAGACUUCGUUUCAAAGUCCUGAGCGCAACCCAGCUGCAUGUGUCAUGGAAAGAACCGAAAGGAGAAUUUGAAAGCUACAGAUUUAUUUAUAGCACACAGUCAGAUGCAGAGGAGACUGAACUAGAGAUGACAAAAAAGGAAGCCAAAGUGAUCAUAGACUUUGACCCCAGAAAGUUGUACACAGUCAAGGUCACUGCUGUGAAAGGUGCUCAGGAGAGCAAGCCACUUCAAGGAACAUUUAAGAAGCCUGACAAUGAGAAUGUACAGCCCCAGAAUGUACGACCCAAAAACCAGAAAGACACCAGUGUCACUGAGGAGAACAAUGAGAUAUCUGAAGAGCAGUUCAUGUGUAAGACCCCGGCCAUUGCAGAUAUUGUGAUCCUGGUGGACGGAUCAUGGAGUAUCGGACGGAUAAACUUCCGUCUGGUCCGCAUGUUCCUGGAGAAUCUGGUUAGCGCAUUCCAUGUGGAGUUUGACAAGACACGGAUAGGUCUGGCCCAGUACAGUGGUGACCCCAGGAUGGAGUGGCACCUGAACACUUUCACCACCAAAGAAGCAGUCAUCGAUGCUGUGAAGAACCUGCCCUACAAAGGAGGGAACACAUUGACGGGUCUUGCAUUGACGUACAUCCUGGAGAACAGUUAUAAACCUGAGUCCGGAUCCAGGGCCGGCGUUCCCAAAAUUGGAAUCCUGAUCACAGAUGGGAAGUCUCAAGACGAUGUCAGACCCCCGGCUCAGAGUCUGAGAGAGGCGGGAAUAGAGCUGUUUGCCAUUGGUGUGAAGAACGCCGAUGAGAAAGAGCUGAAGGCCAUCGGCUCGCCUCCAGAGGAGACGCAUGUCUACAACGUGGCCGACUUCAGCGUCAUGAGCUCUAUCGUGGAGCGUCUGACCAGGACCGUCUGUGACCGGGUCGAACAGCUCGACAAGGCCAUCAAAGGUGACAGAGGCCCAGAAGUCACCAUGGCCCCUCCCAGAGGCCUGGUGACCUCAGAGGUGACAGCCAGGAGUUUCCGGGUGUCGUGGACCCACGCCCCAGGGACGGUGGAGAAGUACCGGGUGGUGUACUACCCUGCCAGCGGGGGCCAGCCCGAGGAGAAGGUAGUGCAGGGCACAGUGGACACAGUGGUGCUCAACUACCUCCUCUCCCUGACUGAGUACCAGGUGGCCGUGUUCGCCAUCUACGCCAGCUCAGCUAGCGAGGCCCUCCGAGGCAGCGCUACCACAUUGGCCCUGCCCACGGUGAACAACCUGGAGCUGUUUGACAUCACCCACAACACCAUGAGGGCCCGCUGGAGGGUCGCAGAGGGGGCUUCUGGCUUCAUGAUCCUCUAUGCCCCGCUGACCGAGGGAGACGACGCUGAUGAGAAGGAGGUGAAAGUGGCUGAGACGGUGAACGAAGUGGAACUGGAGAACCUGACCCCAGACACAGAGUACACAGUGACGGUGUACGCCAUGUACGGAGAGGAGGCCAGUGACCCUAUGACCAGUCAGGAGACCACACUACCCCUGACCCCGGCGCGGAACCUGCGCUUCUCCAACGUCGACCACAGCUCUGCCAGACUCACCUGGGAGGCGACGUCCAAGAAGGCCAGUGGUUACCGCAUCAUGUACGUCAAGACCAAUGGAGUGCAGACCAAUGAGAUGGACGUUGGCCAUAUCACCACCCUGUUGCUAAGGAACCUGACGUCAUUGACCGAGUACACGGUGGCCAUCUUUGCUAUCUAUGACGAGGGCCAGGCAGAGCCCUUGACUGACAGCUUCACUACUAAGACGGUCCCAGAGCCUCUGAACCUGAGGAGCAGUGAAGUCUCCACAGAAAGCUUCAGGGUCACCUGGGAACACUCAGCCCAAGAUGUGGUUCUUUACAGACUCACAUGGACCCCCAUCAGAGGAGGAGACACUAAAGAGAUGCUAGUGAACGGUAAAAUGAAUAGCCACCUGCUGACUGGACUGAGGCCCAUUACUGAGUACGAGGUCUCUCUGAUUGCUGUCUUCAGAAACGAGGAAGAAAGCAACGCUUUGACCCUCACAGAGUCAACAGUGGCAAGAACAACGACUACCACAAAAGCUACUACUACCACAACUACCACACAAGCUACCACCACAGCAGUUGUGCGUCUGGGUGUGAGGAACCUCCUGCUCAGCGAUCACACCACCUUCAGCAUGGAGGUGUCCUGGGAGCUGCAGGACCGCAACGUGCGUCAGUACCGCGUCACCUAUGUCACCGCCAGGGGCGAUCGUGCCGAGGAGACGAAAAUGGUCCCAGGUGGUCAGAACAGCCUCCUGCUGCAGCCACUGCUGUCUGACAUGGAGUACAAGGUGACGAUCACCCCGGUCUACGCCAACGGAGACGGCCCCGGUGUUAGCCGCAUGGGACGCACCUUGCCACUGUCUGCUCCUAGGAACCUGAGAGUGUCGGAGGAAUGGUACAACCGCUUCCGUAUCACCUGGGACACACCCCCAUCCCCCACUAUGGGCUAUAGAGUCGUCUACAAACCCAUCUCUGCUCCGGGGCCUGCUUUGGAGACCUUUGUGGGCGAGGACGUGAACACCAUGCUGAUCCUGAACCUGAUGAGCGGUACUGAGUACGGCGUCAGGGUCAUCGCCUCCUACACUACCGGCUCCAGCGAGACCCUCACCGGCAAGGCCAGGACAUUGUACCUUGGAGUGACCAAUCUGAACACCUACCAGGUGAGGAUGACCAGCGUGUGUGCCCAGUGGGGUGCCCACCGCCACGCCACUCUGUACCGUGUGGUCAUCGAGUCGCUGCUCAAUGGAUAUAAGCAGGAGGCAAGACUGGGAGGAGGAACCACCCGGCACUGCUUCAAUGACCUGACAGCUAACACGCAGUACAAGAUCAGUGUGUACGCCCAACUCCAGGAUACAGAGGGACCUGCAGUCUCCACCACAGAGAAGACCUUCCCUGUUCCCACCCCGGCACCCACCAGACCACCCACCACGACCGCUCCUCCCAGUAUACCCUCAGUCAAGGAAGUUUGCAAGGCGGCCAAGGCAGACCUGGCAUUUCUAGUGGACGGCUCCUGGAGCAUCGGGGAUGACAACUUCCUGAAAAUCAUCCGCUUCCUGUACAGCACCACAGGAGCCCUCGACAUUAUUGGACCAGAUGGUACUCAGGUGUCCAUUGUCCAGUUCAGUGACGAUGCCAGAACCGAGUUCAAACUUAACUCGUACGACAAUAAGGAGAGGCUGCUAGAGGCCAUUAACCGCAUCUCCUAUAAGGGAGGGAACACCAAGACAGGGCUAGCCAUCCGGCAUGUGAAAGACACCAUCUUCACAGUGGGAGGAGGUGUCCGGAGGGGCAUCCCCAAAGUACUGGUGGUGUUGACUGACGGGCGCUCUCAGGAUGAUGUCAACAAGGUCUCCAAAGAGAUGCAGAUGGAAGGGUACAUUGUUUUUGCCAUUGGUUUUGCGGAUGCGGACUACGGGGAGCUGGUGAGCAUCGCCAGCAAGCCCAGCGAGAGACACGUUUUCUUUGUGGAUGAUUUAGACGCCUUCAAGAAAAUUGAGGAAAAGCUGGUCACUUUUGUUUGUGAGGCUGCCACUGCCACUUGUCCUUCAGUGGCGAUGAGUGGCAGUACCUUGCCAGGUUUCAGGAUGAUGGAGAUGUUUGGCCUGGUGGAGGGUCUGUAUGGACAUGUAUCAGGAGUGUCCAUGGAGCCUGGCACCUUCAACAGCUUCCCCUGCUUCCGCCUGCACAACAACUCCCUCCUUGCCCAGCCCACCAAGUUUAUCCACCCCGAGGGUUUGCCCUCUGAUUACACCAUCACUAUGCUGUUCCGCCUGCUGCCUGAAACGCCCAAGGAGCCCUUUGCAUUGUGGGAGAUCCUCAACAAGGACAACGAGCCCUUGGUGGGCGUCAUCCUGGACAACGGUGGCAAGACCCUCACCUUCUUCAACCAUGACUACAAAGGACAGUUUCAGACUGUGACCUUCGAGGGACCUGAGAUCAAGAAGCUCUUCUACGGCAGUUUCCACAAGCUGCACAUGGCUAUUAGCAAGACCAGCGCCAAGGCUGUCAUUGACUGUAAGCUAGUAGGGGAGAAGGCCAUCAACGCGGCGGGCAACAUCACCACGGAUGGCCUGGAGGUGCUGGGACGCAUGGUGCGCUCCAGGGGGAAGAAGGACAGCUCUGCACCGUUCCAACUGCAGUCGUUUGACAUCGUCUGCAGCACGUCCUGGGCCAGCCGAGACAAGUGCUGUGAGCUUCCUGGUUUGAGGAAGGAGGAGGACUGUCCUGCCAUGCCGAGGGCCUGCACCUGCAGCCAGGAAAGCAAAGGUCCCCCUGGCCCCACUGGACCCCCUGGAGGACCUGGGAUCAGAGGAGGGAGAGGGGACCGUGGAGAACCAGGAGCUGUGGGACCGAUAGGUCCAGUUGGGGACGCUGGUUCUCCUGGGCUGCAGGGGCCUCCUGGACCCCAGGGACCCAGCGGACGUACCAUCAUGGGCCCUCCGGGUGGUCCAGGAGAAAGAGGUGAGAAGGGUGCAGCUGGCGCUCCAGGAAUACAGGGCAUUCCUGGAUCUCCUGGGUCAUCAGGUCGAGUGGGACAAACAGGAACAAGGGGACUUCCUGGUAAAGAUGGACCCCAGGGGCGAACAGGACCUCCAGGGACUAUAGGCACUCCAGGAGCUCCUGGGUCACCAGGGUCAAGUGGACCUCCAGGGUCACUGGGAAACCAGGGACCUCCUGGUCCCGCCGGAAACAAAGGAGAGAAGGGAGAAAGAGGUGACCUGCAAUCCCAGGCAUCGGUCCAAGCAAUCGCCCGGCAGGUCUGUGAGCAACUGAUACAGAGUCACAUGGCUCGCUACAGCUCCAUCCUUAACCACAUCCCCAGCGCACCCGUCUCCGUCCGCACCGUUCCAGGUCCCCCAGGAGAGCCUGGGCGGCAGGGCGGCCCAGGACCACAGGGAGAGCAGGGGCCCCCGGGCAGACCAGGGUUCCCCGGGUCCAACGGAGAAAAUGGACAAGCAGGAGCCAGAGGUUUGUCAGGAGAGAAGGGUGACAAGGGAAGCCCAGGCGCAGGAGUCCAGGGUCCCAGAGGCCCUGUCGGGCCCCCAGGACCAACGGGUCAGGGCCGGACAGGUAGCCAGGGUCCAUCUGGUCGGCCGGGGAACCCUGGAACCCCUGGGCGGCCGGGUAUCCCUGGACCAGUGGGGUCGGCUGGACCUCCUGGAUACUGUGACCAGAACUCCUGUGUGGGCUACAACGUAGGAGUCCAACAAAAGUAUUGGUAGCGAGCAGCAUUCAAAAAGGGUUGUAGUGGAGGUGUGAGGCUAGACAGGCUUGUUGCUUCAUUCUACCCCCUUGCAAUAUCCCCUGUUUUUUUCGUCAACAACAACUACUGCUUUGUUUCCUAUAAAGAUGUUCAAAGUCCCUCUCUUUGUAGAAAAACAUUCUACCUGAGCCUGAGACAAUAACUCAUUUAGCCAUAAAUGCAUUUUUAUGUUUCAGCGCAAACAAGCUAAACUCAGCAAAAAAAGAAACUGUCAACUGUGUUUAUUUUCAGCAAACUUAACAUGUGUAAAUAUUUGUAUGAACAUAACAAGAUUCAACAACUGAGACAUAAACUGAACAAGUUCCACAGAUAUGACUAACAGAAAUGGAAUAAUGUGUCCCUGAACAAAGGAGGAGUCAAAAUCAAAAGUAACGGUCAGUAUCUGGUGUGGCCACCAGCUGCAUUAAGUACUGCAGUGCAUCUCCUCCUCAUGGACUGCACCAGAUUUGCCAGUUCUUGCUGUGAGAUGUUACCCCACUAUUCCACCAAGGCACCUGGACAUUUCUGGGGGGAAUGGCCAUAGCCCUCAACCUCCAAUCCAACAGGUCCCAGGCGUGCUCAAUUGGAUUGAGAUAUGGGCUCUUCGCUGGCCAUGGCAGAACACUGACACUCCUGACUUGCAGGAAAUCACGCACAGAACAAGCAGUAUGGCUGGUGGCAUUGUCAUGCUGGAGGGUCAUGUCAGUAUGAGCUUGCAUAAAGAGUACCACAUGAAGGAGGAGGAUGUCUUCCCUGUAACGCACAGCGUUGAGAUUGCCUGCAAUGACAAGCUCAGUCAGAUGAUGCUGUGACACACCGCCCCAGACCAUGAUGGACCCUCCACCUCCAAAUCGAUCCCGCUCCAGAGCACAGGCCUUGGUGUAACACUCAUUCCUUCGACUGUAAAUGCGAAUACGACCAUCACCCAUGGUGAGACAAAACCGCGACUCGUCGGUGAAGAGCACUUUUUGCCAGUCCUGUCUGGUCCAGUGACGGUGGGUUUGUGCCCAUAGGCGACGUUGUUGCCGGUGAUGUCUGGUGAGGACCUGCCUUACAACAGGCCUACAAGCCCUCAGUCCAGCCUCUCUCAGCCUAUUGUGGACAGUCUGAGCACUGAUGGAGGCAUUGUGCGUUCCUGGUGUAACUCGGGCUGUUGUUGUUGCCAUCCUGUACUUGUCCGGCAGGUGUGAUGUUUGGAUGUACAGAUCCUGUACAGGUGUUGUUACACGUGGUCUGCCACUGCGAGGAUGAUCAGCUGUCUGUCCAGUCUCCCUGUAGCACUGUCUUAGACGUCUCACAGUACGGACAUUGCAAUUUAUUGCCCUUGCCACAUCUGCGGUCCUCAUGCCUCCUUACAGCCUGCCUCAGGCACGUUCACGCAGAUGAGCAGGGACCCUGGCAUCUUUCUUUUGGUGUUUUUCAGAGUCUGUAGAAAGGCCUCUUUAGUGUCCUAAGUUUUCAUAACUGUGACCUUAAUAUCCUACCGUCUGAAAGCUGUUAAUGUCUUAACGACCGUUCCACAGGUGCAUGUUCAUUAAUUGUUUAUGGUUCAUUGAACAAGCAUGGGAAACAGUGUUUCAACCCUUUACAAUAACGAUCUGUGAAGUCAUUUUUAACGAAUUAUCUUUGAAAGACAGGGUCAUGACAAAGGGAUGUUUCUUUUUUUGCUGAGUUUAUAUAUAUUUUAUCCAAGGCUUCUCUAUGCUUCUGCAGUGAAUGUGUACAGUUUUUAUAUUCCAAAAGGAGCCAGUGGUUGACUAAUACUGAUUGUCAUUUGAUGCGUUAUUCAGUUGAGCUUUCUCAUAUAUUUAGUAAGAGAACCACUUAGAUCUCCUUACCUUGUCAGUGUUGCUCCUCCCUACUCCUCUUUAACUCUUCUGGCCGCUUUGAUGUCGACGCUAACACUGUUCUUCCUGUGUGUCUCUGCCUCCUUCCUGUCCUGUCCCGCUAACCCAAUCAUGCAUGCA